GAUCUUGAGGAGAUGGAGCAGAACCAGGUGUUCGACAAGUUCCUAUUGAAUCCAAACUGGACAAGCAAGAUGACCUGGGACUUCUUCGUCAUGUUCCUGGUGCUUGCGGAUUCGAUAAUUUUGCCAUUUCAGCUGGCAUUCAAGCACGGCAUGCCAGAUGAUGGCUUCGACGAAGUCUGGUUCUGGGUGACGACGAUCGUUUUCUUUACAGAUGUGGGGCUAUCCUUCAACACAGCCAUUGAAAGCAAGGAGAAUCCUGGGACAUGGAUCACCUCUCGCAGGCGUAUAGCGGGCAUGUACCUCAGGGGUUGGUUCUCCAUCGACUUCUUCAGCACAGUUCCCUAUGGUAUGAUUGCAGAAGGCAUUUUCGGUGACACUGGAUCUGCUGGUGCUGUUAGACUGCUGAAGAUGCUGAAGUUUCUGCGAAUUAUGCGGCUCAUGAAGAUGCUGCGGAUGUCGAAGCUCAAAGCUGUUUGGGAAAGAGUUGAGGUACGCAUCGGCUCCAUCGCAAUAAUUCAAAGCAUCAUGCUUAUGAAAGUCCUUGCGUUUGUCAUUGCGAUGUGCCAUUGGAACGCUUGCCUCUUUUGGGUGAUCGGCAGCAAAGAUAGUCUCCUCACAGACUUGAUGCCAUCUGAGAUGGCAACGAACUUCCGGAGCAUGAACCAUUGGACGAACCUUCCAAGGAAGGGUAUGCAUUCAGGCGAGCCUGAGUGGACCUACGAACAGAAGCCGAUAGAAGAGCAGUACAUCUUCUGCUUUUAUUGGACCCUCGGAGUCAUGCGGACAAUGCCUGCGGAGGUGACGCCUGUCAACUUCCCAGAGCGUAUCUUCGUGCUCCUUUUCAUGUUCUUUGCCCUCUCCGCCUUCGCCGUGUCGGUGGCCUCUCUCACCCAGGCCUACUUCAAGAUCUUCGAGCGGGGCAGAAGCUUCAAUGAUGAGAUGUUCUUUGUUCGGAUGUACCUGAACAGGUAUUCAGCAGCUAGGCCGUUGGAGCAGAGAGUCAAGGCGUUCUUGGCCCAUCUUUUCGAGCGCCGGCGCAUCUUAGCCAAAGAGACGAAUCUCAUGGAAAAGUUGCCAGAGGUGUUGAAGAAUGAGGUACAGAACAUGCUGAUCUCCUUCCACCUUCAGAAGCUGGAACUCAUCCGGGAGCUGGGGAAGGGUGCCAUUCAGGAAAUCUGUGCAGCAUCACACCUACAGGACCACAUGCCAGGCGUAGUCAUCUCCACAAUGGGGCAGGUGGCGGAGUACGCAUGGAUCAAGUGUUCCGGACGGCUGCAGCUCCUGGAUGAGCCUUGGAGAUGGUGUACAGGGAUCACUGCCUACUUCAAGCAUGCAUCCACUCCUUUCUUCACCACUAACCGCAGCAAGUCGAGCGGUGACUUUCUUGGUUAA